GUCAAAAAAAGAUCAAUAUUCAAUAUUGAUGUCUUCAAGCCCAAAUAUUUUUAAAUAUAAAAUAACAUUAUGGAAGACACAGGUUUUGUUGCGUACCGUUUUUAUACCUGCUUUUCUGCAUUGUCAAAAUUGAUACUUGAUUAUAAUGCUUGUGCUUCCUCUAUUUUCGCUUGUGUAUUUUUAACUUUCGCAUAUGUUGCAAGUUUAUAUGUUUGGAGGACACAGUUAAGCAGGGACCAUCCAUCUACAAUCAAAAGAAGAUUCUUCAGUGUAGCCUGUAUAAUGUUCUUAGCACCUUUCUUUAUGCUGUUCUUUCUCAAAGAGGAAACAUUGAACAAAGGUGAUGUGUAUCAGCAAUUGGGACUUCGAUUACCAGGACUUAUAGCUGCAUCUGUUACAUCACUCCUUUUGACAGCAGUCCUUUUUUUGGGUCCAUUGACAAUGCAAUUUUUGUCAGGAACUUGGAAGAUUUAUAUAGAACCUAUGUAUUGGGUGUCAAGUUGGCAAGACCUGACAUGGGUGCGGAAUCAUUUUAUGGCACCUCUUAGUGAGGAGUGGGUAUUUCGAGCUUGUAUGAUGCCUUUGCUAUUGCAAUGCCUUGAACCAUUUACUGCUGUAUUUGUUGGUCCUCUGCUGUUUGGAAUUGCUCACUUCCAUCACAUUUUUGAACAAAUGAAAGCGGGAUUUGAUCUUAAGACUGCAUUAAUAAUUUCAACUUUCCAGUUUGCAUAUACAAGUCUCUUUGGUGCUUACUCUGCUUACUUAUUUCUGCGAACUGGUCACUUCGUGGCUCCUCUAGCUGCACACAUGUUCUGCAACCACAUGGGGUUUCCUAAUUUCGGAGAGAUUCGUUUUUACCCUUCUUUGCAGCGACUGGCCAUAAUGAGUAACUUUGUGUUAGGAUUAACUUUAUGGUGUUUUUUGCUAACACCAAUGACAAAUCCGUACAUUUUCGACAAUCGAUUACAUUGGCAGAUUUGAAUUCACUGUGGGGGAAUUAGUAAUUUUUGCUAAUUGUAGCAACAAGAUUUUUAGACGUCACCUCAUAUCAGAUGCAAAAAUGUAUUUUUUUUACGAUACGAUCACCAUUACCAUUGCACUACAAAUAGUACGACUUCUAAUAUCGACGUAUCUAGGCAUAUUUACCUUUUCGGUGGCGGCCUGGUACUUAAAUUCGAUGGCCGAUAAAUACGAAGGAUGUUUUUUAAAUUUUUCGUGAAACGUGUAUAAUACAAUGCACAAAAUUAUUUAUUAUCUAUUAAUUAUUAAUAAUAAAAGGACCCUACUUUUUAAUAAUCGUAAUUUUGGGUUGUUCCGGCCAUCUGGUCACCUAUAUACGCCAAUGACUUACACACAGCAGUAUUUCACAAGUCUGAUCUAUAUCUAGUUUCUGACGUGCAAACCAAAGUAAUAUGUUUUGAUGAGAAUUUGUUGAAAGUUAACUUAAGUCAACUGUUAAUAGAACGGGAAUGUUUCUAUCAUAAAAUUAAAACAUUAUUUAUAUGAAAAAUUUAUAUAUAGCUUUCUCCUGUAGUAACAUGAUUAUUAUAAAUUGUUUUGUAUUUAGAAUACAACAUUUUGAUAUAC